AAAUGCCACCCGCCAAUAAACACGAAGAAGAAGAAGAAGAAGAAGAAGAACUUUCACCUGUUUCUGUGUUGUUCUCUCUCCCCGAAACAUCAGACUUAUGAGUGUCGUUAUACCUCGAAUAGAGCAGCUUUCUGCUCGGGUUGUUCGGGUUCUAGGCUGCAACCCGGGACCGAUGACGCUGCAGGGUACCAACACAUACCUGGUCGGAACCGGAGUCAGACGUGUGCUCAUAGACACCGGAGAACCUGCUGUACCCGAAUACAUCAGCAAUCUAAAGAAUGCACUGGGCCAGUUUAACACCAGCAUCCAGGAGAUCAUCAUCACACACUGGCAUCUCGAUCACACUGGAGGAGUGGAAGAUAUCUGCAGAGACAUAACUGGGUCUGAGGUCCGAGUCAGCAAGCUGCCACGCUCCACUCCGGUCACAGAGACAGCUGGGAAUAAAAACUACUCUUACCUAAAAGAUGGAGAUGUUAUCCAGACAGAGGGAGCCACUCUCAAAGUGCUGUUCACCCCGGGCCACACUGAUGACCACAUGGCCUUGCUGCUGGAGGAGGAGCAGUCACUCUUCUCUGGUGACUGUAUCCUGGGUGAGGGCACAGCCGUGUUCGAGGAUCUCUAUGACUACAUGAAAUCUCUGAAAAUCCUGCUGAACUCUAAAGCUGACCUCAUUUACCCUGGACACGGGCCCGUGGUUCAGGAUGCUGGCACCAAGAUCAAAUACUACAUCAGCCACCGCGACCAAAGAGAACAACAGAUCCUGACUGCCAUUCAGAAGGGAGCAGGAAACGCCUUCUCCUCCAUGGAGCUUGUCAAGAUCGUGUAUAAGGACACUCCUGAACACCUGCACCAAGCAGCUAACGUCAACCUGGUGCAUCACUUGGAAAAAUUGGAGAAGGAAGGCAAAAUCAUUCAGGUGAACGACUCGACUCAGAACAAGUGGAGGAGUCGUCUUUGAUGUGUGAGAUAAAGCUUCCACCUGAGGGAGGAAGAUCCGCCUGGUCUGGUUUUAGAAUCUACACAAUCACAUCACAUCAUCCUUAAUGAUCAAGAUGUUGUUUUGGGGUUUUCUGAGCUGAAGCUGGAGCUUUAGCUUGUUUAAAAUGUGUGUAAAGGUGGACUUUGAUGUUCUCAGGCUCCCGUUUGUGCACCAAACCCAGUUAAAGCUUACAUUUAAUAUCUGAAUCCAGGAUAUUUUCUGCUUCAUGAACAAAAGCUGUAGCUUUUCUGGUCUUCCACGCUUGAGCCUGACCUCUUCCUGAGUCUAGGUGUAAACAUACAUGUGUGGGUAGGAUUUCGUUCAUUGUAUGUGCAGGAUACGUUGUCUCACAUUUCGUUGACUUUAGCUAUUUAUGAAGUCCUGAAGAUCAUUACUGUCUAAACAUUUGUUGGCGUUCCAGCCACGUUUGUUUGGCCGGCACCUCCCCGUCACUGAUACGAGUUGGCCUGAUCUCAGAACAGCUUUUACCUGCUUGACAGUACAUUGGUGGCUGAACAGGUUACCAGUUUUGUGUGUCCACACAGGUAUGUUCUCACCUGGUGACAGUCACAGAAUAAGGAGUAUGCUUUUAACAGUCCAGUUAGAAAAACUACGUUUGUAGGCCUACUUGUAAUUAAUUGAGCUUAUUUGGUUCUGACGUGCAACAGAGAAGCUGCUUCUGUUCACCAGGUGGCAGCAGAUGUUAAAAACUUAAGAAAAGAAAAGGACCCAAAAUUAUUGUACUUUUCAUGAAAUAAAUGAACAAAUUACAAAAAUAAGUUUGUAUUAAAGGCUGUUUAUGGCUUAUUUAUGCCUGGUGUGACUUUGUCUUUCUUGUUUUCAUAAAUAAAAAGUAUGGCUUUUAAAAUGAGUCCAGCUCAA